UGGUUGUAUUUAGAGGCGGUGCCAUCGACCGGGAGAAGGCUGUGUGACAGCGCUGGGUACGACUCUCCGAGGUCUAGGGUAGCGAGAAAGGAGCAUUUUUUUUACUACCACCACCGUCACCAAUUUAAUCCAAACACCAAACUCUUGUUGUAAUAAUUUUCAUCAAGGGUGUUUUGCAUUGGCCGAUUUUUUGUUUUCUCUUCCUCUCCGUCUCACAAGCGCUUAGCUAUCCGCUCUUCAGUUCGUGUUGCUGAUCCAACAUUCUGAGCUUAACUUUUUUUUCUUUUUUCUUUUUUUCUUUCAUCUUUUUUUUUACAAUUAUCAGCAUUUCUUAUUUUAUUAUUGCGAACGGCUAUUUUAUUUUUUAUUAUUUUGUUUUGUUUUGAUUUUUAUUUUUUAUAUUUUUGGGGUUUGGGACCCGUAUCGUAUUAUAGCCAUCCAACAUGAACAAGCUGUACAUUGGCAAUCUGAGCGAAAACGUGACACCCGAAGACUUGGAAAAAGUCUUUCAAGACUCUAAGAUUUCGUUCACCGGGCAGUUUUUGGUGAAAACUGGCUACGCGUUUGUCGAUUGCCCUGAUGACCAGUGGGCAAUGAAAGCCAUCGAAGCAUUUUCUGGGAACGUGGAGCUCCACGGCAAGCGCAUAGAAGUGGAACACUCAGUCCCCAAAAAACAAAGGACUCGUAAAAUCCAAAUCCGGAACAUUCCCCCACACCUGCAAUGGGAGGUACUAGAUGGUCUGUUGGCCCAGUAUGGGACUGUGGAGAACUGUGAGCAAGUGAACACGGAUAGCGAGACCGCUGUGGUAAACGUGACAUACGAAACGCGGGACCAAGCCAGACAGGCGAUUCAGAAGCUGAACGGAUACCAGUUCGAGAACAACUCCCUGCAGGUCUCCUACAUCCCUGACGAGGAGUCAGUGCAGGGGGGCCAGCAGGGGCCCGACAACGGGAGGCGGGCAGGGUAUGGCUCCCGAGGGCCCCCUAGACAAGGCUCCCCCGGAGCAGGGGCCCCCCACAAACACCAGCAUGCAGAUAUCCCCCUGAGACUGCUCGUACCCACGCAGUAUGUAGGGGCUAUCAUCGGGAAGGAGGGGGCCACCAUCAGGAACAUCACCAAGCAGACCCAGAGCAAGAUAGACGUGCACCGCAAGGAGAACGCCGGCGCUGCUGAGAAGCCGAUCAGCGUCCACUCGACCCCCGAGGGCUGCUCCGCCGCCUGCAAGAUGAUCCUGGACAUCAUGCACCAGGAGGCCAAGGACACCAAGACGGCAGAGGAGGUGCCCCUGAAGAUCCUCGCUCACAACAACUUUGUGGGGCGCCUGAUCGGCAAGGAGGGAAGGAACCUGAAGAAAGUGGAGCAGGACACUGACACCAAGAUCACCAUCUCACCGCUGCAGGACCUCACCCUGUAUAACCCCGAGCGCACCAUCACGGUGAAGGGCCCCAUCGAGGCGUGCUGCCAGGCUGAGGAGGAGAUCAUGAAGAAAGUGAGGGAGGCGUACGAAAACGACGUCGCUGCCAUGAAUCUCCAGGCCCACUUAAUCCCAGGUUUGAACCUCAACGCUCUGGGUCUCUUCCCCCCUUCCUCCACCUCAGCCAUACCUCCGCCACCGCCAGGGAACUCAGCUGCCACCCCCUACGGGUCAUUCGGGCAGACCCCAGAGCAGGAGACAGUCCACGUGUUCAUCCCUGCACAGGCUGUGGGGGCCAUCAUCGGCAAGCAGGGCCAGCACAUCAAACAGCUGUCCCGCUUUGCAGGGGCCUCCAUCAAGAUCGCCCCCCCUGAGGCUCCAGACUCCAAGAUGAGGAUGGUGAUUAUUUCUGGACCCCCGGAGGCUCAGUUCAAGGCGCAGGGCCGGCUCUACGGGAAGUUGAAGGAGGAGAAUUUCUUCGGCCCCAAAGAGGAGGUGAAGCUGGAGACGCACAUCAAGGUGGCAGCCUCGGCCGCCGGGAGGGUCAUCGGCAAGGGGGGCAAGACGGUGAAUGAGCUCCAGAACCUAACCGCUGCAGAGGUGGUGGUCCCGAGAGAGCAGACCCCCGAUGAGAACGAGCAGGUCAUCGUCAAGAUCAUCGGACACUUCUAUGCCAGCCAGCUGGCUCAACGCAAGAUCAGAGACAUCCUGACACUGGUGAAGCAGCAGCAGAGAGGAGGGUCCCACCGGCAGCACCAGCACUCCCAGCAACAGCCAGAGGACGAGGAGGCGGUCUCCCAGUCCCAACCCCCUCUGCAGGAGCAGGAGCAGCAGCAGGAGCGGAGAAAGUGAGGCGAGCAGAGAGAACGCCAAGACCACGAGAGAGAAAAACAAAGAACAGAAGGAAGGAUGAAAGAAAAAAGACGAAACCCUGCGAAAAGAGAAAAUCCAAAAUGAGUAAAUAAAGAAUGACAGAUUAGAAAAAAACAAAAAAAGAAAAAAGAAAGAAAACAGAGACCAGAUGCAAGGCCAAAAAGGAUGACUGGAAAUGAUAUUUUUUUUUUUUUUCAAAAAGCAUUACAAAAUUUUAAAACUUAAAAACCGCACACACUAAUAAAAGUUGUUAUAGUAAACUCAUAGCAAAGUGUGAUAAAGCAUAGAGAGGUAUGGGAAAGCCUAUUUAAAAAAAAAAAAAAAAAAGUUGUAAAUUUACUGCAGUAAACUUUUCGAAGGGGACACAGACAGAUACAGAGCAGCCAGUUCUCAAUUGACAGCUUUUGCCAAACACAAAGUCUUGGAUACAAAUAUGUAUUUAAAUAUAAACACAAGCAAUGUAUUUGCUAUUGCCUGUGAUAUUGUUUUUAAAUAUUCCGUCUGAAUAUUUGUAUGUUUUUAAAUACAUAUUUUGAAAUAUUCAGGUUUUAUUAUUCAUAUUUUGAAUUAUUAUUCAUAUUGUUCAGCUCAAACUGAAAUAAAUAAAAACUAUAAGUCCUGUUUUUUGUUUUAUUUUAUUUGUAAUUCUGUUACGACCGCACAUGGUUUAUUGAAACUUUUAUUAAAAUAUUAAAAUACAUUGUAAAAGGAAACAUGACUUUGAUGUUUGAAAAAAGCUCUCAAUUAGGAAAAUAACUCUGAGGGAGGAAUAUAUAUAUAUAUAUAUAUAUAUAUAUAUACCCCCUUUCUAUAGUAUUUGUAAGAAGUAAAUAAAAUGUGUCUUCAUUUCCAGUCAUUCUUUUAUUUGAAAAGGUGUUUUUUUUAAGAAUAUAUAUAUAUAUAAAGAGAUGUAACUAUUAUAUUACAGCAAUGAGGAAACCGAGAAAGGGAUUAAGAGAACAGGGACUGCAUAAUUUGCGUGCGGUGCAACGCACGCACGGCACAGUCAGACGCUCUCUCUCCCCUCCGCCAAGUGUGGGAUGAUGUCAUCGGAAUGCCGAGCCCACUGGUCACAUGACAUGAGGCAAGCAAACGUUCAAGACAGGAGGCGGCCAUUUACAGUUAACAUUGCCAACAACCAAACUGCCCACACGUGUGCAAAAAAGGUUGUAAAUAUAUUAUUAUUAAAAAACGCCAACUUCAUUGAAAAAAAGCAGAUAAAGAGAGAGAGAGAGAGAGAGAGCUGUGGGUCGUCACCAGACGAUGCCCCCUGGCGGUGCGAGAGAGAAUGACUCCUGGCGCGGAGGUGUAUCUGAAGUGGGCAAACUUGAGUAACCUGUAGAACGCGCGUUGUGUUGGUGGGAGAGCAGUAAUGUACUGAACCUAACACAGCACUAUUAAAAACAUAAUAAUAAUGAAUGAAGAAACCAGACAAAGAGCCACCUAUUCUAAACUGGCUCAGUGUUCUAGCAUCAGAACUGUCUGUGUCUGUAUUCUAACAUCAGAACUGUCUGUGUCUGUUCUAGCAUCAGAACUGUCUGUGUCUGUUCUAGCAUCAGAACUGUCUGUGUCUGUUCUAGCAUCAGAACUGUCUGUGUCUGUUCUAGCAUCAGAACUGUCUGUGUCUCAGUAUUCUAGCAUCAUUCUAGAAGGCGAAAGCCGAAAUGUUGUACCUAAUUGUUUUUUUAAAAAGCAUAGUCUCUAAAAGCUCUGGCAAGCAUUUUAUUUGGAGAUUCUGGAUAAAAGACUAUAGAAAAAGAUUCUGGCUAAUUUAUCGCCAGCAAUUUAAAAAAAGAAUGGUGUACCCUUAGCUCUGUCAUGACAUAGGCUACUAUUUUUUGGCAUGUUAUACAGAACCUCUGAGAGCGAGUUUGCCCACUGCAGAAAAAUCAAUGCUUCAUUUUAUUAUUUAUUAUUUCAUUAAAAUGUAUUGACGUUUUUAUAAGUGCUUUAAACGCCUAACGCAUCCCCUGUUCCCUUAAACAAAAAAGAGAGCGAGAGAGAGAGAGAGAGAGAGCGCACACGGGUUUAAAAUCCUAAACCAAGCGAAACCGUGUGCGUCGCUCAACGGUGCGGGUUUCGGGAGAAGGAGAGAAAUGAAAAAAAUCCUACCUCAAGGUGUAGUACCUCAGUGUUUGUUCUUUACUUUUUUUUUUGCUUGCUGGUAUUUUAUAUAAAGCUGAUAGUCUUGAAUAUUUUAUUUUUUUAAAUACAAAGAGAGCGAGAUAGUUUUUUUUUUUUUUUGUUAAGUACGUUGAGAUGAGCCUAGCUACGUGCUGGGAAAAUCAGAUAUACUAUUAAUGACGUUUAUAUAAAAAGACGAGGAGCUUUUUUUUUGUUUGUUUGUUAAUUAUCCAAACUCACUUUUUCGAGCUUGUGGAGGUCGGUCAUGUCAGGGGGAGAUGUAGAUACGAUACAGACGUGUGUGUGUGGCUGUCUUGUCACGGACGGUAGACUUUUAAAAAUACAUCCAUUGAAACACAUUGUAGCUUCUACUAUUGUCUUCCGAGCAGAUACAAUUUGAAGAGGAGUCGAGAGCGUCAUGCUGUAGCGACGCUCUCCCGGUCACACUGUUUCACACCUGUACACUUAGUGAUAUUCUAGUCCCUUCAGACACUGCGUGUAGAAUUGUACCAUGUUAACUUUCCUAUAUCUAAAAUUAAAUUCAUUUUACAAAAAUCCUGACUGAGGGGAACACGUUUCAAUAUGAAAUCUGAAUUUCCAGUGCGUACUCGUGUGAUCUGAGAACUUCGAACAAUUGAAUUGAACGAUCAUGUGGUGUGAGCUACUAUAAUAGAUAAAGUAAGGUCAGUCCAUUAUAUGAAAUAAAUCAUUUCAAAUGAGAGUGACGCGGACAGCCAGGCCAGACCGUCUCCCCUCCCCCUCUAGACAUUGAUGUUUUGUAAAGAAAAAGAAAAAAUAGAGAAAAAAUGCCGUUCUUUCUUGUUUAACCUAGGAAAUAAAUAGGAACAAAAUAAACAAACGAUACGUAAAAAUAAACUAAAUAAAACCUGUACAUAACGCGUAAAAGGAGAAGUUCAAAAAAUUAGUUCAUUUUGUAUUUUUAGAUGACUUUAAAUAAAAAGUAAAAAACAAAACAACAAAAAACAAAAAAAACAGCAUCUCCAUCCACACACGCCCUCCUCCGAUCGCUUCUUUCGAUCCAGUAGCUACAAGACUCCGCCACCGGGACAGCACAGCAGCGUUGAAUAUGCGCGUUAUUAGCAGCAGGUAAAGUCUAUUGUUUGUGCUUCCAUUUAUUUUAUUUUAUUUUAUUAUUUUUUAUUUUUUAUUUUUUUAAGAGAAGGGUUACUUAUCAUUAUGUGGGGUUUUCAUGACAUUUAAUGGUGGGGUAAUAGACAGGCAGGCAGAUGUUUAAAGAAAAGAAAAAAAUAACCCUUAAGUACUAUAGUCACACAACUUGAAGUACUAUAAUCACACACCUUGUACAAACACACAGAAGUGACGCACGCACUGCUUUAUGUGCAAACGAAGCUGUUUUCGCUCCACGGUUUUAAUGCUGGAUUUAUCUCAUGCGCCACCUGCAGUGUCGGACGUGUAACGGCAGCUGUGGCGCAGAACAGGUCAAAUUUAGAAUUGCCUACGUUUUAUUUAUAUUUUGUUUGUGCUAUAAAUGCAAUGACCACAGACGGUCCUGUGGGAAAAGAUCAUUUACUUGACUUUAAUAACUCUAAUAGUAUUGAAAACAAGCCAAACGAGUUCACAUGUACUGCAGAACACUAAACCAAGCCGUUCUGAACACACUGAAGUAGGCAAUUGUAAUAUUUAGCUGUUUAUGAGAAAGCAGCUGGCUCUUUGAGCUAAUAUAUAUAUAUAUAUAUAUAUAUAUAUAUAUAUAUAUAUAUAUAUAUAUAUGAACAGCAAGCGGCAUUCGGACAUGACAUCUGGUUAAGAACUGUUUCAUCAUCAACCAAAAUCGCAAAAAAGCAAUCAAAGAAAAAUAUAAAUUCAAAAAAUCUUCUGGGAUUUGGGUUAAUUACAAAGAAUCGUAAAUCGAGAGGGGGAGGGUGUGUGUGAGAGGGUCCCUUUACCUUCGAGAGAGUGGAGAGAGACAUUUUAAAAGAGGAGAUACGGGGGUCAAAUCUGGCAAUAACUAAACACAUCUCUGCUAUUGCUGUUAUUUUUAUUAUUGGACUUGACCAGGUUUAUUCCUAAAGAAUUAGGUAACGACCCCCCCCCCCCCCCUUCCCACUCUCACUCCCACUCCCACUCCCCUCCCCCACGCCAUAACCUUUACAUCUCCUCUCUCCCCUCUCUCUUUAUCUUUCUCUUUCUCUCUCCUCCCUCUCGCUUCCCAAAAACAUUUUCUUUAGACUUCAGAGAAAAUAAGCAAAGGAUGAGGUUUUCAAAUAACUUUUUAUUUUAGGGGUGGGGGGGGGGAGCAAGGAAGGAAUUUAAACCGAAAAUCACCAUCUAAACCUGUAAACCUGGUUAAGAUUUUUUUAUUUGAUUAGAUUAUUAUUAUUAUUAUUAUUAUUAUUAUAUACACGGCGCUUUAGGUUGUGCUAUCAGCCCAGUAAGAAUGGACAUUUCUACUGAUCUGGCAUCUGUCCGGUCUAGUUUCAUAAUUCCCUCUAUUAGUAAAACUCCUCUGUACUUGACCUGUGUGUUUUUCACUAUGGGGAGGUACAGCGUUUGCUGCAGGUUUAUGAAUCCUUGCGAAUCCAUUUUCAAAUUUGCCUGGUUAAUAUAUCGGUGUUAAUAUACACUAUCGAGCUCAUGUUUCGUCUCUCAACACGUGAAUGAAUUACAUUGAUGAUGUCCGUAUAGGCUUAUAUUAAAAGUAAAGCGAUGACUAACAGCCACUUGCAGGGAUGGAAAUAAGACUCCUGUUGCAUAGGUUUGCUAUGAUUUUAAUAAGACGCACCUCAGCUUGUUACCUGCACACUGUGGCUAGCUCAUAAUAAACCCUGGAAUGGGUGAAACUGCUAUGCAAUAGGAGCCUUAUUACCAUCCCUGCACCUUAUAUGAAGACCAGUGCAAAAAGGCCUUGCUUUUAUUAGUUGUAUUAAUCAUGUGCAUGCUUUCUGGUAAUAUUGAUAAUCCACAAAUUGCUGCUUCGCAGAACCACAAAAAAAAAAAAAAAAAAAAAACACAUAAAUUCUUCUUCUGUUGUUUUAACUUUUGCUUUAUAAAUGAAUUUGCAUUUCUUUGAGUGGGGUCCUCUAAACAGCAGGAUAUGGUCCUUCAUCGCUGACUGGAAUAGAUGAUGUUGUCACGGUUAAAUCUUCCGUUUUUCUUUUUGUUUGUUUUUUCCCAGAACAAACACAACACAGCUGCAAGGCGCUUCUACAAACCUUUGUAAUGCAUGGAUUUUAAAAAAAUCAUUCAUGAAUUAAUUAAUACAACUACCUCAACACUUUCGUCACAAGAUUGUUUAACAUACAUAAAUAAAUAAAUAAAUAAAUAAAUAAAUAUUUAACAAACAAACAUAUAUAUGUGUAUAUAUAUAUAUAUAUAUAUAUAUAUAUAUAUAUAUAUAUAUAUAUAUAUAUAUAUUAAUCCUAACAUUUGCAUUUUCUCACACACACAAGAAUCAUGUUUUUUUUUUUUUGUAUUUUUUUUUUAGUUGAAUUUGUAAACAGUGCAGAUGAGCGAGUGUGUUUCAAUGCGACAAGUAAAAAAAAGGACUGGGAGGGGUUAACAUCUGAUAAGGGUUCAUUCUCGAUCCAGUAAGUAGUACGUUGCCCGUCCCCACGUGUUGCUACAACUGUUUAAACACCCUACCUGUCAUUUUGAUUUUCAUUGUUCACAUCCUGACAGCUUCUUACACUGAUAACUUUUAAAGUCUAUUUCAAUGCUCUUUUCAAAAUGUCCGCUCUAGUGCACUAGGGUUUGAGAUCUGUUCUCUAAACCAUAGCAAGUGCUCUGUCUUUUCUGUUCCACACCACAUCAUGGGUCAUUAUUGCUGUACCUGUUUGGCAAUGUGGGCAAUAACCCUACACCAGUGAUUCUCAACCUCGGUCCUAGGGCCCCUCUGUGUUUUCAUUCCAACUGCGCUCUCAAUUACUUAACCAAACCCUUCAACUCAUAAUUAGCUUAUUUAAGCCUUUUAAAUUGUUUCCAACUCUUAAACAGUUAGAGAUUUCAACUUCACUAUAUAAAAUGUGAAAAUUAACUUGAAAUCUAUAUCUGUUUAAGAGCUGAGAAAAAAUAAGAAGGUCUAAUUAAGCUAAUUAUGAGUUCAAUUAAGGGUCUAGUUAAGUAUCUGAGAGCUUGGUUGGAAUGAAAACCAGCAGCCACAGGACCGGGGAUGGGAACCACUGAUCUAAACUAUCAUCGCUGCUCUAGAGCGGCCAUUUUGAAGAGCUUUGAAAUAGAGUUUAAAGUUAUAAGUGUAAAAAGUUGUCAGGAUGUUAACGAUACCCUGCUACUUACUCUUUAAGGCUCAGUAUAGAGCAGGGGUAUAGAGCAGCCCUGGUUCUGGAGAGCAACUGGGCUGCUGGUCUUCCUUUCAACCAAUCUCUCAGUUACUUAACUGAACCAAUUAUUGGAUUAAUUAGUCAAGAUUAACAGGCGUUCCAGAUUUUUAGCCACUGAUGAUGUAAAGACACCUAGAAAACCUGCUGGAGAGGGGCUCUCCAGGACCAGGGUUGAGACUCCUGCUAUAGACAGUUUAGUUGUAUAGGCCGAUGCAGGGCAUGGUAAUGAACGCAUCGCGCUCAGCAAACUCGAUGGAAUUGCCAUGACGUAAGCGCCGCGCGAUGGUUCCAUUCACCGCGAUUGCAGCGUUCUGUUGUUCAGGAUUUCCUUUUUUGAGCCUGUGGUUGACCUCCGCGAACCGCAGCCUGUUGAGAUAGGAGGGUAAAACUAUCCCGCCCGUUUGCACCUGUAACCCCCGCGCCUCCUGGAGCAUUUACUCUGGAAGCACGGCACAAACUCGCCCGCACUUUAAUUCAAGAGCAGGCACGUUCUUUUUUCUUUUCUUUUUAUUUUGUAGCCAUUAAAAUGCUUUUGUUGAUCUACCUCUUAGGAUGUAAUAGCAAAAUAAUAAUAAUUAUAAUAAUUAAAGUAAAAAAAGGAGACAUUUGGUUCGUGGCAUUUUCAUAUAGUGUAGUUAAAAAAAAUAAAUAAAUAAAAAUAGUCUACAGAUACUUUUAACUUCUUCUUCCAAAGAUAAUAUUUACUUUUUUUUCCCAUAACUCGAAAUCGUUUUUAAAACAAAAUGUAAAAGAAAUGAAAAAAAGAGAAGUGAUCGUUUUAAUUUCCCAUUUUCAUCUUCCUCAUUUAGCAUUUGAAACUGAAACUCUUUACACUAUAUAUAUAUAUUUUUUGAUUGCUUUUAAAACGAUGACAUGGGAUUGUAAUUGUUGUUUAAUUGUUGCAUUAGGAUCUUUUUUUCUUUCUUUCUGUAAACAGCGGAAGUAACCCUGAUACAAGAUGUUUCAAUCAGCAUGUUAACAAGAGAUCAACACAUAUUAAAGACAGAAUUCUGAUUGA